AUGCAAAAUUUCCUGCAGAGCAGCACGGGGGAAGCCGUCUCCUGGGUAUGGAAUCUGGCCGCCGGUGGAAUCGCCAGUCUCAUUCUGCUGGACUCCAGAGCGGAGGAGCUGGACAGGGAGAUGACAGAUCUGAUCCUUGUAAGAGCAGAUCUAGAAGAGGAGAUCAAACAAGGGGAGCUUGAGGACAUGGGGCCGACCCGCCAGGUCCAGGCUUGGCUCAGGAAGGUGCAGGAGAUCGAGUCCAGGGCGGCCGUUUUCCGGGUUUCCUUCCAGCAGAGGGGGGCCUCCCCUGAGGGCUCUUCUUGGCGAUCCUCCUAUAAGCUCGGUUGUGAAGCUGGCGAGUGCCUGAAAGAAGUCCAGAGGCUGAAGACCGAAAAGAACAAUCUCCUCCCCCGACUCAUCCGGGCGCCGCUGCCCGCGGUGGUUCCGCAGCCGGUCUCUUCGGCCUCCAUCGUGGACGCGGAGAAGACGCUGUCGGAGAUCCGCAGCCUCCUGGAAGACAAUGAAGCGCCAGUCAUCGGGAUCUACGGCUUGGGAGGAAUUGGGAAGACGACCCUCUUGAAGGCGAUCAACAACGAGUUCCUCCAGAGGGGAUCCGGCGGUUUCGAUCUGGUGAUUUGGGUCACCGUCUCCAAGGAGCUUGAUGUCCGGAAGGUUCAAGAGGACAUCGCCGUCCGGCUAAGCUACUCUCGCCCCGGAAAAGGCCAGGGCCAGACCCUCCCAGAGCAUCCAACCGACAGGGUCAACACCCUACUGAGCGCCCUCUCCAAGAGGAAUUUCCUUUUGCUGCUGGACGACCUGUGGGAGAAACUAGAUCUCGAAGCUGUAGGCGUCCCCUUCUCUUCCUCUUUCAGGAACGGAAGCAAGAUCGUUUUCACCACACGCUCACUGAAAGUGUGCAUCGAUAUGGAUGCUCAAGGGAAAGUUAAGGUGCCCUUGUUGAAUUCAGAGAGCUCUUGGACGCUCUUCCGCCAAAAGAUGGGAAAAGGAGAAGACCAGUGGAAUGAUCUCUCUAUAAGGUCUCUCGCAGAAGCCGUUUGUCAAAAAUGCGGAGGCCUUCCGAUCACCCUCAUCACCGUAGGCCGGGCCAUGGCGGAUGCCACCACCCAUGGCGAGUGGAAAGAGGCUCUCAUGGCGCUGAAGGGCAUACCCGUGGAGCUCGGAGACAUGAAAGAGGUUCUAAUUCUUCUCAAGUUCAGUUUCGACAGAUUGAAAGAUACAUCCGCAAAGGAGUGCCUUCUCUAUUGCGCCCUCUUCCAAGAGGAUCACAACAUCCUUAUAAGCGAGCUCAUUGAUUACUGGGUGGGUGAAGGGCUCUUAGAUACGGGACGCCAUCCCGACCCCAUUGAGAGAGCUCGUAACCGCGGCCUCGUUGUCAUCAAGAAUCUCAAGGCUGCCUGCCUGCUAGAAGACGGGGAGGUCAAAGGAAGACACGUGAAGCUCCAUGACACGGUCCGCGAGAUGGCGUUGUGGAUAAACAGCGGCGAAGGCGACGAGAGAGGGAAUGUCUUCUUGGUGAACUCCGGGGAGAAGUUGAGGCACGUGCCGACGCCGGAAAGAUGGACGGAGGCGAGAAGGAUAUCCCUGAUGCGUAAUGAGAUACGCCUGCUUCCUGAGGAGCCUCGUUGCCCCAAUCUGCAGACGCUGUUGCUGAACCACAACGGACGUCAUCUGGAGGAAAUCCCCGGUGGGUUUUUCCAGUUCAUGCAGAGCCUUCGUGUUUUAGAUCUGUCGUGGACGGGAAUAAGGGUUCUCCCCCCGGAAAUCGGGUCACUGGUAGAACUGCGGUAUCUCAAUCUAUCAUGGACUCCCCUGGAAUCAUUACCCAUGGAGGUCAAUAAUUUGACGAAGCUGAGACAACUGCGUCUGGAGUACACUAAUCUUCUUAAGAGUAUCCCACGCGAGGCGGUCUCAUCGCUUGAAAGGCUGCAGUCGUUGAACAUUUUUAGGAGUAAGUUUAGAGCAGGAUGGGAGGGCGGUGGUAGCGAUGGUGUGGUUGACCAUGAGGGGAGACAACUCUGUCUGAAAGACUUGGACGGCAUGGGGCAGCUGACGGAGCUCGGUAUUUUUAUAACAUGGAUGACGCAUGAAGACAUGCAGGCUGUACUGAACUCUCAGAGACUGUCUGCGUCGGUCAGAUUUCUACAUCUGUAUGUGGUGAGAAUCCGGUCUUUAGAGUUGUCUGCUUUUCUUGAGAUUAUGAAGGGCCUGAGAAGGCUUGGGAUUUGGAGUUCUACCGACUUGGAAGAGCUGGUCUUCAACACGAACCAGCUCUCAGAGCUGGAGGAACUGGUAUUGUUGUCUCUUCCCCGAGCAACGAUCUCUUGGAAAGAUGGCAACGUGUUUGUGAGGGGGCCCACCACAGCUGCCAUCUUCAAAAACCUUCGGGAAUUGUCGAUUACCAAAUGUGAAGCAUUGGAGGACAUAACGUGGAUCAGACAACUGCCCUGCAUUGAAACCUUAUCACUAUUUGGAUGUUCGAGAAUAGAAGAGGUGAUAGUAGUCGAAGAGGUGACGGUGGACAACGUGGAUUAUGAAAAUGAUUCUUUCUUCCCUAAAUUAAGGUGGAUUUGGUUGAAAGAUCUUCCGAAUUUGAGGAGCAUAUGUAGGCAUCCGUUGUUGCUCUCUUCCUUGGAGGAAAUCGAAGUAGUCAACUGUCCAGAUCUGAAGAAGCUGCCCUUUGGGUUCUCUACUGCCAAGAACAUCCAACGCAUCUUCGGUAAACAAGAAUGGUGGAAUGGAUUAGAGUGGGAGCAUGAAGACGUCCGAUCCAAGUUUACCCCUUAUUUUCAACCAAUGUAG